GUGGAGGUGUGCGCGCGAGGGCGUGCUCCAGAAGAAUGAACAAGCUUCUCGCGGAGUACUUGGCCAGUUUAAAGCAGCAACACGCCCACCGUGGUGUACCCGACGCAGAGAGUCAUUUGAUAUUAAAGCAGGAAGAGGCCGCAAAGCGACCGUACUGCGACCCCUCGUUUGGUCAAGUGGAAGUGCUAGUCAUCGGUAUGCUUGCACUCCGUUCGCACCACUCUCAAAAUGGCACAGUGUCGGCGUUGGACGAGUGCACGAUAACGUUGCAAGAACUGGGCAAGUCGGACUUUCUCGAGCCACUAGGUUGGGACUUCCUCCCUUCCCCGGCCGUUCUUGCGACGGUGCAGUGCGUGCUUCUACUGUUCAACCUUGAUGCUGGCAAUGCGCCUCCGUCAGUGGUGUGGUCAGGGGUGUGGGCCGCGUGGAUUGUCAAGAACAUCGACACCCACAUAGGCGGGUGGGAAUGGCUCGCAUCAAACGAACCGGUGGGACUAUUCACCAAGCCGUACGAGCUAUGCACGGCCCACCUUCGAACCAUUCAGACUCUCCAUCUUCCAUCGACGUAUGCCGUUCCCGACGAUGAUCCGUCGUGGCAGCGCAUGCCUGCUUACCUCUGCUUGCGUAACUGGGUCGCGGCUGCCGUGGCGUACUUGAACAUGAAGACCCACUGCAUCUCUUCCUUCCCGCUCCAUGGAUACGUCACGACCGUCACGGCGCCGCCAAAGCGCACGCCCAAGGAGAACGUGUGGUUCUCAACGCUUACGGACGAACACGUCCCGAUCUACUACAACCGACACCUCAAGACCCUCGCGCUGGACAAACCACUUGACUUUGACGGAGCAAACAUUGUCGUGCCCCGCACGAUUGAAGCGCUCAUGAUGGAGAUGCUGAUGGGGGACCCCAUACUCCGCGCAGACGUCGAAGCAAGGCGAGUCCAAAUGGACAUUGACUUGGACAAGGACAACGAGUGGAUCGAGUGUGUGGACGCGACGACAAGUUCACGAUUCUACUAUAGCUUCCAGCGGUUCAAGCUGGCGUACAUGCGACCGGCGUCCAAGAAUAUUGUGGCGGCAGACAAGAGCGUGGCGUUUCGGUGUGUCCUGCGCAUUCAGUCGGCGUAUCGUCGUCGGCAAGCGAUGCAGUUUGUGAAUCAAAAGCGGCAAAAGACGCGCAAGUUGCCUCGGUUCACGUCACGGAACUUCUUCUAAAAAUUCCAUUCAUGAACAAACAUGGUGGUUCCUACUCUGUCUUCUUGGACUCCACGGCGAGCGCUUCUUUGGCCAGCCAGUUGCGGCGCACGACGAGGCUCCACAGCAAGCACGGAACAAACGGUGCAAACACAAUGUAGAACCCCUCGACGGCGUCGGUGUAGCGUUGGAUCACGAGGAGCCCGAGAAAGAUGACCGUACACAAGCCAUACACCCCCGAGACAAAGUUGUAAUUGAUGCUGUCGACUGGAGAGAAGAUAUUGCCCAUGUUGUGACGGAGAGACGAGCGGCGGCGCAGACGGCGGACGGCUCGGCUGCGAUUUCUG